CCCACUGGGGGCAAGAACCGAACAAGCAGCUCUGGCGCCUCUAGAGGCUGUUCAGUGUAAUGACGAGGGCGCCACUCGAUUUCUGAACAGUUUCUUCAGCGAGUUUCUUCUGAAGCAGAAUCACAUGAUACGUAUUUUGUCGUAUGACACUGAUGAGCGGACCUGCUCCAAGCGAGUUUCUCUGAGGUUAUAGCUGUAAAAACAACUCAACCAGGAGGAUGGCAUGCUCCGGACGCUGAUUAACCACAGGACUGGAUCCGAUCUGGAGGAUGGACUGUUGGGGAGUUCUGCGUGUGAUCGCCACCGUUUGUCUCCUCGGCAGGGUGGAAAGUCAGACAACACUUCCUCCGGCUGUGACCAACACCACAGUCAGUGAGAAUGUGACGAGUCCGACUCCGACUCCCCUGAUUCUCAGCACCACAAUCCCAGGCUGUUUGGGACUCAACACUUCCAGUUGUGAGCCUUGUGCACCGGGGUCCCGAUAUGACAACAAUACCCUGUUCUGUUCCUGCUGUCCUGACCUUGGGCUGUGUCUAUUUCCUGGUGCGUGCCCGCCGUGUAGCAGAGGCUUUUUCCAGCCACUGGUUGGGCAGCAGCAAUGUUUACCCUGCAGCCCUGGCUUCUACUCAAAUUUAACAGGGAGUCCAUUAUGUCAGCCCUGUCCUGCUGGAUCAUUCAGUAAUGGAAGUGGUUCUGAAAGCUGCACAAGAUGUUCCCCAGGUUUCUUUUCAUCGGAGCAGAGUUCCACUUCAUGCACACCAUGUCUUCAAGGACGUUUCUGCAAUUCCUCUGGCUGUUCCCACUGUCAGAUCUGCCCCGGAGGUGCAGAGUCCCUGCAGGAUGCUGCAAAAGCAUGCACGCUGUGUCGGCCAGGUAUGCACAAAGCUCCUCAUGAGAGUAAGUGUGAAAUCUGCAGCAGUGGCUUCUUUCAGAUCCGCUGGGGACAGGAAAGCUGUGAUAUCUGCCCAGAGGAUCACUACUGCCCCAGUCCAGAUGUGAACCCCAUUCCUUGCCCCAUUGAUGCCUUCUGUCCAGAAGGCAUCUCAGCACCGCGUUACUGCAUGGAGACCUUCUUCCGCAAAGCAGGAAACACCUGUGAAAUGGCUCCUGUAACUAUUGCUCUUUUAGUUAUUGCAGGUGGUGUGGCUUUACUCUUCAUUAUUUUAAUGGUGCUACGCCGACGCAGAGAUAAUGACCGAGACCUGGCUGCAGCUCAAGCUCCAUUAUUACCCAAAGAACAGUCUCCGCGGAGGUACUACGCCAUCCCCUGUGACGCAGAACCCGUUUACGCCGGGUGGUGAGCCAAAAGACUUCAGCUUACAGCUAUGCUGAAGUGCUAGAACAUCAGCUGAGGUCAGACUUACAAACUCCUGGACCACCUUGUUUUGGAAGUCCACCAGCUUUUUUUUUUUUUCCCCUGAGGCAUAUUUGGAUGAUCUUUUUGAGAAACAGCACUUUUUGUCAUUUUGUAAAAUGACGCUGUUACACACAGACAGGUGACAAAUGAAAGCAGCAAGAAGGCGCACUCAACGGUUAUGACCUUGAGUUUGACCUCUUUAGGCCACUCAAGUUUAAAGGUCAUAUGAUUGAUAGAAAG